GCUUCCGGGCUCUCAUCAUGGGGGCCUGAGGAGCAGCGCUGGCCGCCCGCGUCCUCCCCUCCUGGCCUUCGCCCGCUAUCCUCCGGCGCUGCUGCCGGCCCCGACCCGUCUUCCCUCGGCCCAGUCUCUGCGAAGUGGCGCCAGCCUCCCCGGGGAGCGGCCGGGGGAGGCGCCGGGUUCAUGUUCCGGGUCGCUGAGCCUACCUCGACCCGAGCUCAGGCGGCGAGAAAGAGCUGGCAUUUCAGUAGGACUAUGGAGGAGCUGGUUCACGAUCUAGUCUCGGCACUGGAAGAAAGUUCAGAGCAAGCCAGGGGAGGUUUUGCUGAUACUGGAGAUCAUUCUCGAAGUGUGUCUUGCCUUCUGAAGAGACAGGCAAGAAAAAGGCGGGGACGCAAAAGACGUUCAUUUACCACCCAUCAUCCUUGGGAAACUGGUCACUGCUUAAGUGAAGGUUCUGAUUCCAGUUUAGAAGAAUCAAACAAAGACUACAGGGAGAAUCAUGCUAAUAAGAAAGACCACAGUGAUUCUGAUGACCAGUUGUUGGUUGCGAAACGUAGGCCCUCCUCAAACUUAAAUAACAUGAGAGGCAAAAGGCCUCUGUGGCAUGAACCAGAUUUGGCUGUUGACAGCUUGGGAAACAGAACUCUGCGCAGGAGAAGAAAGGUAAAACGGAUGGCAAUAGAUCUGCCAUCUGAAGUCUCUAAUGCACUGACAAUAACUCAACAGCAGGAUAACAGCAGAGAUCAAGAAAUGGACAAUGACAAUAAAUCAUACCAACACCAAGAGUUUUCCAAGAGCAAGGUGAAAAAAAGAAAAGUAGCUGCUGCUCGACAAGGACCAGAAAUCUUGGAUGAAGGUGUAGUUAUAGAAAAUGAAGAAGUGAACCAAGCAAAUAAGGACAAAAUGGAGUAUGAGGAGCAAAAAGGCUCAGAUGAGAACAUGAGUGACAGUGAAUCCAGCAGUCUGAGCAGCAGUGAUGCUGGUUUGUUUACCAAUGAUGAGGGAAGACAAGGUGAUGAUGAGCAGAGUGAUUGGUUUCAUGAAAAUGAAUCUGGUGGAGCAUGUGGAAUUACUGGGGUCAUUCCAUGGUGGGAACAAGAAGGUGCUACAGAACUGGAGAGAGAAUUGCCUGAUCCAGUCUUUGAAAGUAUCUUAACUGGUACUUUUCCUCUUAUGUCCCGUUCAGGCAGGAGAGGUUUCCAGAGUAGAUUUAGUCAUCUUCAUGGAAUGCCUGCAAGAAACAUAAAAAAGGCUUCAGGAAACCAAAAUGCAUUGAUAACUCCUGGAACAGGCAGUAGCAGGAAAACAGUUCACUUGUCCCAGGAUUCUCUUCAUGACCACUGGUUUAGCCCUGGGGCUAGGAAGGAACACAGCCAGCUUCAACUCUUGCGAGACAACCGAUCGGAGAGAGGACACAAGAAGAACAGCUCUGUAAAAACAGCCAGCAGGCAAACCAGUGUACAUUUAGGAUCAUUGUGCAUGGGAGACAUCAAACGGAGAAGGAAAGCUGCUCCCCUGCCAGGGCCCACAGGGUUUGUAGGUGAAAACACGCAACCAAUCCCAGAAAGCAACAUUGGAAACAGAAUGCUUCAGAGUAUGGGCUGGACCCCGGGCACAGGCCUUGGACCAGAAGGCAAAGGGAUAGCAGAGCCAAUACGAGCCCUCCAGAGACCAAAAGGACUUGGACUUGGAUUUAGCUGACAGAAAUGCACUCUGGCUGCGUGGUAAAAGUAAAGUUCAAAAUUAAUUUUUAAAAAAGACCCAAAAAAAAAGAAAAAAGAAAAAUUGCAAACUGUUGUUAUUUCUUGUGGUCGGAAAACCCAGUUACUCUUCUCUCAAAGAUCUCUGAAGUCCGUGUGCUUCACAUUAGCCACACCAGCUGCAAGGUACAGCCACAGUGACAGAACUGGCGUUUCAAUCUAACUUCAUAAUGGUGCUAAAAUGUACAAAAACUUCUACU